ACAAGUCCAAGAAAGGCAUGUUUAUAACUAUGUACGCGAAAAAUUGCAUCGUAUAACUUUGCUCUCGAUCCUCUCGCAAGCUGUACAUCUCAGCCAAACGGCUCGCAGAGACAUCAAACUGUGAUGCCUGACGGAAGUCCCCGGAUAACACCGAAGCCCACCUUUGACACCCUUUCCCGCGAGAAAAAUUUCAAGCACCCGCCAAAGAAUGGUCAUGUCGUGCCUACACUGAACGAAUUCGUUACUCCCCAUCUCGAAUCUUUCAACGCGCUUUUCGACGACUCUGGACUGCCGCAAGGUGAUGGAGAUGAUCGAGGACUUUUGUCUCAAGGCAUCGCGGAUAUUGGCGAGCGGGCAGUGUUCGACGGCAAGGGGCAAGUGGGUGAAGAGAGUGGGCAGCGAGGAUGGGGGAAUCGAUUAACGGUAUGGUAUGAGCAGGUAUCUGUUGCACGGCCCAUGGUCUCUGAAAAGGACCAAAUUGCGAGGGUUCGCAAGACCUACCCGACCGAGGCUCGUGAACGUCUGACUUCUUAUCGAGGGAGAAUGACCACUCGGCUAUGCUGGAGAAUCAACGACGGUCCCGUGGAGAAAGAAAACAGAGACUGUGGUCUUCUGCCGAUCAUGGUUCGCUCGGUACGGUGUAACUUGAGGGGAAUGUCGUCCGCCGAACUCGUCCAGCAUCAUGAAGAGCCUGAAGAGUUCGGAGGCUACUUCAUAAUCAAUGGAAACGAACGCCUCAUUCGCUACCUCAUCCUUCCACGACGGAAUCAUGUCAUUUCCCUUAUCCGUCCCUCUUUCACUAAUCGAGGCCCUUCCUACACGCCACAUGCGGUACAAAUCCGCUGUGUCCGUCCCGACCAGACAAGCGUCACAAACACACUUCACUACCUCUCAAACGGUUCCGCCACCCUUCGCUUUAGCUGGCGCAAACAAGAAUACGUGAUCCCUAUCAUGCUUAUUCUCAAAGCUCUCGUCGGCGUGUCAGAUAAAGAGAUUUUCGAAGGCGUCAUGAUGCAGGAGUACGAAGAUACGUUCUUGACCGACCGUGUCGAAAUGCUUCUGCGCAGCUUCAAAGCGUACAGCUUAUAUACAGGCGACCAAUGUUUGGAGUACCUCGGUAACAAGUUCCGUGUUGUCCUCGGCAUGCCUGAAGACUGGACGAACAAGGCCCUCGGCACAUGGCUAGUUGACAAGCUCGUCCUUGUACAUCUUGAUUCUCCUCGCGAUAAAUUCCGCAUGCUACUCUUCAUGCUUCGAAAGUUGUUCGCAGUCGUUUCAGGGUCCUGCUCUGUAGACAAUCCUGAUUCGCCUCAACAUCAAGAGGUGCUUUUACCUGGGGCCCUGUACGGCAUGAUCAUCAAGGAGCGCCUGGAAGAGGCCCUCAACAACUUUGUCAGAAGUAUUCAGAUCGACGUCCAACGGGAUGAACCGUCAGUGGACUUCUUCGACAAGCGAUACAUCAAGAAGAUGCUCCAGAAGAUCAAUUACGAGAUAGGUGCGAGGAUGUCAAACUUCCUGGCUACUGGCAACCUGGUGUCAGCUUCCGGCCUCGAUCUCCAGCAAGCUUCAGGUUUCACCAUCGUCGCCGAGAAGCUGAACUGGCUACGUUAUAUCAGCCACUUUCGGUCGAUUCACCGUGGUGCCUUCUUUGCUGAACUCAAGACAACUACGGUCCGGAAACUGCUUCCCGAAGCAUGGGGCUUCCUGUGUCCCGUACACACACCCGAUGGUUCUCCUUGCGGUCUUCUAAACCACCUUUCACGGACUUGCCGCAUCGUCACUCAACCUCUUGCUGUUGCUCAUAUUCCCGCGCUACUCGUAUCCCAUGGCAUGACCCAGGCGUUCAGCACAUUGGUUGAUGGUCGUCGCAACCUCUGCAUUCAGCUUGAUGGUCGUGUGAUCGGCUGGGCUCCGCAAAAUACCGCACAGCGGCUUGCCACUAGUCUCAGGAUAUGGAAAACAGAGGGCAAGCACAACGUUCCUCUUGACCUGGAGAUUGGCUAUGUACCGACCUCGCAGGGUGGCCAGUACCCGGGCCUGUAUCUCUUCUCGUCAAGAUCACGGAUGAUGCGACCCGUCAAAUAUCUUUCGAACGGUCGUAACGAUCAGAUCGGCUCGUUCGAGCAGGUGUAUAUGAAUAUUGCCUGCACGCCGGAGGAGAUCGAGAAGGGCGUGUUUUCCCAUGUCGAGCACAAGCCGACGAACUUCUUGUCAAUCCUAGCAAACUUGACCCCCUUCUCCGACUUCAACCAGAGUCCACGGAACAUUUACCAGUGUCAAAUGGGUAAGCAAAGUAUGGGAACACCAUCGACCACACUUCGGCACCGGACAGACAACAAGCUGUAUCGCCUACAGACCGGCCAAAGCCCUGUCGUCCGCCCUGCUCUCCACGACACAUACGGAAUGGACUCUUUCCCGAACGGCACCAACGCGAUCGUCGCUGUUAUCUCGUAUACUGGUUACGACAUGGAGGAUGCUAUGAUCCUGAACAAGUCCGCGCACGAGCGCGGCUUUGGUUAUGGAACGGUCUACAAGUCGCAGAUUAUCGAUCUGAAGGAUCUGCAAGGGCGCUCGGCAUCCUCUUCAGCGCCAACACUGCACUUUGGAUUCGGGUACGAUAUCAAGACCGAGGGAGACAAGGCGCACUCAUGCUGCGAGUUCUUGGAUCUCGACGGUCUCCCGUAUGUCGGUACACGAUUGAACCCCGGCGAUCCUAUUGCGGCGUACAUCGAUGAUACGACCGGCAGGACCAGAUUCGUGAAGUACAAGGGCGACGAGACCGCUUAUGUUGACACCGUUCGUCUACUUGGUAGCGAUGCAGGUGACCAGGAGCUGCAGAAGGUCCAUAUCACCCUGCGUAUCACCCGUGCUCCCGUUAUCGGUGACAAGUUUUCCUCGCGGCACGGUCAGAAGGGUGUCUGUUCGCAAAAGUGGCCGAUGAUUGAUAUGCCCUUUACGGAGAGCGGCAUGCAACCUGACGUUAUCAUCAACCCGCACGCCUUCCCGUCUCGCAUGACUAUUGGCAUGCUGGUCGAGAGCAUGGCCGGUAAGGCCGGCGCCAUGCACGGUCUCGCGCAGGAUGCGACUCCAUUCCAGUUUACUGAGGAAGACACUGCAGUGGACUACUUCGGUGACCAGCUGCUCGCCGCCGGAUACAAUUACUACGGCAACGAGCCAAUGUACUCCGGCAUCACCGGGCAGGAAUUCGCUGCAGACAUCUACAUUGGUGUUGUAUACUACCAGCGUCUGCGUCACAUGGUGUUGGAUAAGUUUCAGGUUCGAACAACUGGUCCUGUUGAUCCCGUUACCCGGCAGCCCGUGAAGGGUCGUAAACGCGCCGGUGGCAUCCGUUUCGGGGAGAUGGAACGCGACGCGCUCAUCGCGCACGGUACUUCCUUCCUCCUGCAAGACCGUCUCAUGAACUGCUCCGACUACUCAACUGCAUGGGUCUGUCGCACGUGCGGCAGUCUCAUCUCGCUCGGCUAUGACGACGUCAGUCUCGGCGAGAUGGUCAUCGGUACUAGUGGCAAGCUCAAGCCGACUGGCCCCGGCGGCGAGUACUGCAGGGUGUGCCGUGCGGCUGCGGAAGAAGAGGAGGAGCGCGAGCGGAAGGCUCUCGCAACAGGGCAGAAUGCCUCAAAGCAAAAUGGCCUCAAGGUAGCGAUAGCUUCGCAGCAGAUGCUUGGCCCAUCAUCAAAAGGCGGCGAUCUCGACAUCGUCGCCAUCCCCUACGUGUUCCGGUACUUGUGCGCUGAAUUGGCUGCGAUGGGUAUCAAUAUCUCAUUAGAAGUUCGAUAGAAGAUCUGCUGUUAUGUUUAUAUGGUCUAUAGCUUUAGCCUAGCUGACGACAAUUUGCUUUCCCAAUUUCUCGCUUUCCGUUCCGCCGCCUGUGCGAAGUGCGACGAGCAGGUCGAUGCAUCUCCUCAGUUUAACUUACGGUUUGCAUACUUGCUGGAGUGUCAGGAUCACCUCCCAGGAUCUGACUCUGGGUGGCCCGUCGCGCGCGUAAAGUGGGACCUCACUAGUCUCAAUAUUCGAUCUUCUGCUCUCGUUUUGCGCUCGUAUGUGGGUCGUUCCUUGUGCUAUCUCAAGUAUCACGGAUACCAUUACAUAUUCCUUAGCUACGUGCUUAUGCGGCUACCAAUAUACUCUGAACACGC